AUGAAUUUGGACACAGCUAACGUGUAUAACUCCUUCUACUAUCACGUAAAGCGGACACACGUGCAUCACCUUCUCGGAGUGGAACCGGAUGAGGAGGAAGGAUCAGCCCGCCACGGUUUACCUGGAGCAGGUGAAAGGACAGCCACAAUCAACCAAACUAACGCCAGUUCUUCAGUAACUGACGAGGGCUCAAGCAUCCCCGCACUAACGAGUGGAUUUCAAGAAGAUGGAGAGGGUCACCUGAAUCUUGACAUCUAUAAACAUGCAACUGCAUUUCUUCUUCAAGCCAAGGAAACCCAUCGACUGACACAGAGAGCUGUUAACCACAUCAUGAGUGGAGUCCAGCAAUAUCAGGCCGUAUUAUUGGAGCACCUAAAACAACAAAUGAGUGACAUGAUUGAGAGACAUUCUGGGGACCUGGAUCAACUAAAGAGUGAUGCAAUGGGGGUAUUUGACCAGUUUGUUGACCCUUUCACUCAAAUUGCUUCCACCCAUUUGCAGGACAAGACCAUCAAAGAACUGUUAAAACCAGUUGAACCAGAGAUUAUUGUCACAAAACAGUCUGUUAUUCAAAGCGUGGAGACUCCAGAGUUCUUGCCAUUAAGGACCAUUGUUUUCAUUACAUACCGUUGGUGAAAAGUUUGGAGCAGCUGCUAUCACAUCCAAGAAUGCUUGCAAUGAUUGAUGAGAGGCCAAAGCCAUGCAAGGAUGGCUUUCUUCAUGAUUUCAUUGAUGGAGACAUUUUUAAGUGGCACCCACUGUUUAUUAAAGUCCCAACAGCAUUACAGUUGAUUUUAUAUACAGAUGAAAUUGAACUAUGCAAUCCUCUUGGAUCUCAGGCAAACAAGAACAAGCUGUUAUUGAUUUAUUACACCUUAGGUAACAUCAGCCCUAAG